AGUACAUGUCCUCAUCCAAUAUAACACUAAACCAACCUAUCCCAGGCCCUGCUCUCAAGAAGCCCUGCGUCCCAAAAGAGGAACCACAAGGCCUUCAGGAAACAGGCUCUCUACUGGCCAAUGGAAACGUAGUGGAGCACUCUUUGCCUGGAGGCAUGAUGGAAAUGGGAUUGCUACCUGGGAAUUCCUGGGGGAAAGUGUUGGGUGAAAAUUGUGGUGAACAGGUGAGUCGACGAUGUGAAGUGAGAUGUGGAGACGUAAGAGAGAAUCCAGUUGCACACCCCAACUCUUUUGGAGGCUCUCACCCAGCAGGAAAGUCCCUUCACCAGUGUUCAGAAUGCGGGAAAACAUUUAGCCGUAACUCACAUCUGCUCACCCACCUAAGGAUCCAUACUGGGGAGAAGCCCCACCAGUGUCCUCAGUGUGGCAAACGUUUUGGUCAUACUUCCCAGCUGACUCGUCAUCAGAGGACCCAUGCCUCAGAGAAACCUUUCCGAUGUGCUCAGUGCAGCCGAAGUUUUUACCAGAGUUCAGAGUUGACCAGGCAUCGAGUAUCCCAUGCAAGAGAUCGUCCGUACGGCUGCAGCCAAUGUGGGAAGAAGUUCCGUUGGAGUUCUGAUCUCAUCCGACACCAGAUCACGCAUACAGGAGAGAGACCGUACAAGUGUACUGACUGCGGGAAGAAGUUUGGUCAGAAUUCACACCUGGUUCGACAUCGGAGAACCCACACUACUUAGUCAAAAUCUUCCCAGAAUGAAAGAAAACAGUGUUUCCCAGCAUUGAAAGCUCAAUAAGGGCCAAAGCUUGGAACCAGACUGCCACUUAGCUUAGUGUCAUAAUGAGCCACAUGACAGAUGAACUUUUGAUUCAAUAUCUGCAGAGGUUUACCUGUGGAUGUGGCUCAAUUAGAAAGAAUCCAGUCUAUCUACAGCAGGAUAGGCAAGGUGGCAGUUCCAAGAGUCGAGGUGGCGCAGUGGUUAGGGUGCAGUACUGCAGGCCACUUCAGCUGACUGUUAUCUGCAG